AUGCCGCCUCCUGCCCCGUUCGAAGGGCAAAAAAAUAAAGCACAUAAUGGUCAGUUCUGCCCUUAUUAGACAAAAAACGUUUUGAACUAGCAUGCUUUGCUCAUUUUUGUUGUUCGAAGGUCAUUUCUUGGCCCUUCAGCUAACUGGAAAUUUAUCUGAAAACGGAUGCUCAAAGUUUUUCUAAUUUUCAAGCAAAACAGUUCUUAACGGCCUUCAUUCGCGAUUUUCACCUAUAAUAAUCGAUUUUCAGUGCACAAAACCGGAGGCAAAGCCAAAAAGAAGAAUGAGAAAGAGCCGAAAGCCAAGGGCAACAACUUGAAGGCCUUCACUUUCCACUCGGCAGUGGCAGCCGGCAAGGCGAUCCGUCGCGCGGCCGAUCUGAAUGAAAAAAAGAAGCAUGUGCUGAUGAUGGACCGGAAGCCUCUGGAAACGCCGCCUAUCAUCGUUGCUAUCGUCGGACCGUCGAAAGUAGGAAAAACGACAUUGUUGCGUGGCCUCGUCAAGUAUUAUCUUCGGGACGGAUUCGGCGAAGUCAACGGACCCGUGACUAUUGUGACUGGAAAAAAGCGCCGUGUUCAAUUUAUCGAAGUCAGAAACGACAUUAAUCACAUGAUUGACAUCGCGAAAGUGGCCGACUUGGUGCUUUUGAUGGUCGACGCCUCAUACGGCUUUGAAAUGGAGACGUUUGAAUUUUUGAACAUCUGUCAAGUGCACGGAAUGCCCAGAAUCAUGGGAGUUCUCAACCACUUAGAUCUGCUCGACGGCAUUUCCCGGGUGAACAAAACCAAGAAAAUCCUGAAACAUCGCUUUUGGACGGAACUCUAUCAAGGCGCCAAGCUCUUCUACAUGACAGGAAUGGUGCACGGACAAUAUAAGUAUAACGAGAUUCACAAUUUGACUCGCUUUAUUUCCGUCAUGAAAUUCCGGCCGAUGGUGUGGAAGGACGCGCAUCCAUACGUGCUCUGCGAUCGCUUCGAAGAUGUGACCAAUGCGGAGACGCUCAGAUUGGAUCCGCUUACAGGUGCCGUCAAUCUUUUUUCUAAAAUUUAAAAAACUUUUGGGAGCGGCUUGCGUGUUUCACACUACUUUUUGAAAGCUAAGUAGUUCACAUUAGCUGCGAAACGUCGCGGUUUCGAAAUGUCGGGGAGCCAAAUGAACAAAAAAGGUACAGAGGGACAAACCCUCCAUGAGUUAUAUUAAAAAGAACAAGAUUUGAGGACAAUAACACAGCAGUCAAGAAAGCAACAGGCAAGAAUCAGCCAAAUAAAAAACAAGAGACGACAAUUUCCGCGCUCUCUUUUUUUUUUGAUCUACGGGGCGCUAAAAUGUUUCGUUUUUGAACGCUUUUUAAUUUUUUUGGAGAGAAUUUUGUGCUUUAGCGGAAAGCUAUAGCCUCACGGUUGUUCGUGUGACCAAGCGCUACAGAAUGAUAUCGGAAAAGUAGUGAAAAACUGACAAAGGGAAAAUGCGGCGAUUCUAGACCCAACUUUGUGUCCAACGACACUCCACUCAUAACGGCGCGCGAUUUUUGAAAGAUCGCUUUCGGGAAGGCAGUGCGGCUAUGGCAGCCAACCGAGCGAUCGGCCGAAAAAAAAGAAAAUCCUCGGGACGGACGGACCGUCGAGAGGAAAGACCGCAACGCUACACCAGACUACGAACACGUGUGUUUAUAGUCGAGGUGUCAGUCGCAAACAUCCUUUGAUCUCUGUGACGCGCCUCAAAAGUCCAUGACCCGGCCAGAAAUGCUCGCGCGAGUACCGCAACGCAAGUCUCGGUUGGCAAAUCUCUCGGCAGAUUGGUCCUUUCUUUUCUCCUCGUCCUGCCUGCCUGCCUGCCUUCCCGAACCGCAACGCGUCGCAGCACACGCACACUUUAAAGGCACAUUCACUUUUAGAUAAAACUUUGUCGCAUCGCUGCAAGACCCACUGACCUACCCCCGCUAAAUAUGUGGUUCUCGGUUGUUUUUGUCUUUUUUUAGCUGAGCAGGGCAUGAUUCACCUCAAGUGUGUUAGUACGACGACCUUUUUUUUACUCCUGGCGCUCACUGGGCACUAAUUGAGCUUUACUAUAUAUUUACUAUGGUACAAUUUUGUCUUUUUUGACUAGAGUGGUCCAGGUCAGUAAGUGCUCUUGAACAUUUCUAGAAUCUAGUAAUUCAAAUGUGAAAAUAUCUUUCCCUUCCUAGGGACGGAAAACUUGACAAGUCAGCACGUGAACCUUCAAACAGUUAUGAGAAUAAUAAUGAAUUUGUAUUUUUCCAGAUCGCCACGUGGCAAUGUACGGAUGGGUUCACGGCGCGCACCUGAAAAACCAUUCGGCAAUCCACGUGCCAGGAGUGGGCGACAUGAGAAUCGCCAGCGUUGUGAGCUUGCCGGACCCGUGCCCACUACCAGAGGAGCAGAAGAGAAGAGCGUUGAACGAGAAGGAGAAGAAGGUGUACGCACCAUUCUCAGGCCUCGGAGGAGUCAUUUAUGACAAAGACGCCAUUUAUAUUGAGUCGAAAAACGCGCACAAUUUCAAUCGGAAACGAGACGGACUCGUCGAGGCGUUGGAGGGCGUGAAGAGCGGAAUUGAUGAUAAACUGAAGAAGAGCUCACUACAAUUGCUCGGAGAUUCUGUGGCCAUUGAGAACGUCGACACAGAAGAUGCUGAGAUGGAAGACGAUGAAGAAAUUGACUUUGAUGAGGAAGAAGAGGAGGAUUUUGAGGAUGAAGAGGAAGACGAGGAUUCCGGAAUUGACGAGAAAGACGAAAAAAACGAGUGGUCCAACUUGGCAACAAAGGCUCUGGCUCAGUACAGAGAGGCCAAGAACGUGAAGGUCAAUUGGAUGAAGUUGGUCUAUGGAGGAGGUAUCAUUUGCAAAAUUAGCAUUACAGAGUCAACCUUUACGAAUCUUUUCAGAAAACGUGAUAAAGCAAGAGGAAGAAGAGGCAAUCGACGACAUGUUCGUUGUCCGCAAACAGAACAAGAAGAGCGUGGACGACCAGGAGGACGGAUUCGGCUACCAUCAAAUUCCGACCGUCUGUUCGACGAGCCAAAUCGAUUGGAAUUCAGACGAGACUCGCUCGUUGAUUGCCGAUUCGUUUGUGACUGGAAACUGGACAGAAGAGGAUGCGGAGGAGGAGAAGCUGAAGAAGGAAAUCGGAAGUGAUGAGGAUGGAGAUGGAGACGAUGAUGAGUUCGAUGAUGAAGAAGAGGAGGAGGGAGAAGAAGGUGAAGAAUCCCGUGGCAAGGAUAGCGAAGAGGAGAAAACACGGAAGCAGAAACGUCUCGAGGCGAAGAUCAAACUGAAGCAGCGAUUCAACGACGAUUACGACGAAACGUGCAAGUUCUACAACAAGGCAAAGAAUGAGAUGACCGAGCAGGCAGACAUGAAUCGCCAAGUUUUCGAGGGAAUGGAUGAGGAAGAAAGGGAGAAAAUUGAAGGAUUCCGAGCCGGAAGAUAUGUUCGCAUCGAGAUUGAGAGUGUUCCGUGUGAAUUUGUGCAACACUUUGACCCUACCGCCCCUUAUAUCAUCGGGGGACUGCUGCCCGGAGAGCAGAAUAUGGGAGUUGUUCAGGCGAGAGUCAAGAGGCAUCGGUGGUUCGAAAGAACUUUGAAAUCCAGGGAUCCACUGAUUAUUAGUUGUGGAUGGAGAAGAUUCCAGGUGAGAAGGUUUUGGCUUGUAUGUGAAAUUACUCAUUUUCAUUCCAGACAAUCGCAAUCUACUCGGUACAGGACCACAACAUGCGUCUCCGCUUCCUCAAGUACACGCCCGAACACAUGCACUGCCACGCCACGUUCUUCGGUCCGAUCUGCGCACAAAACACUGGUCUCCUAGCUAUUCAAUCAAUUGCCGACAAGACGCCCGGCUAUCGUAUCGUUGCCACUGGAGGAGUUCUCGACCUGGACAAGUCCACUCAGGUGGUCAAAAAGUUGAAAUUGAUCGGACAUCCGGAGAAGAUCUUCAAAAAAACAGCAUUUGUGAAGGGAAUGUUCAAUUCGCCACUGGAAGUCGCUAAAUUUGAAGGAGCUACUAUUAGAACUGUGGCCGGAAUCCGUGGACAGAUCAAGAAAGCUAUAAAAGCACCGGCAGGCGCUUUCAGAGCCACCUUCGAAGACAAAAUUCUGAUGAGAGACAUUGUCUUCCUGCGUUCCUGGGUGACUGUGCCUAUCCCUCGCUUCUACACGCCCAUCUCGGAUCAUCUCCAAGCCGUCUCCGAGCCUUGGAUCGGAAUGAGAACAGUCGGAAAGAUGAGAGCGGAGCUAGGAAUGGGCACCCCACAGAACAAAGAUUCCGAUUACAAACCUGUGGAAAGACGCGAGUUUGAGUCGGCGCCCAUCCACUUGCCGCCCAAACUUCAGAAGAGUUUGCCGUUCAAGAUGAAGCCGACGUAUCAGGAGAGAGAAGUCAAGGAGAAAGACGCGAUGAUCGCCAAGCACUCGGCAGUGGUGUUAGAGCCGGAGGAGGCAAAACGCGAGAGGUUUAUGGAGAUGCUCAGAACGUUGAACAAUGUCGAUUUGAAGAAGGAGGAGGAGAAGAAGGAGGGAUACAAGAAGAGAAAGGCCGAGGAGGCAAGUUUUUUUCUAUCCUAUAUUGCAAGGGAAAAUACUAACAUUUCAAUUUUUCAGAUGGCGGAAAGCGAGGCGAAACGUGAGAAGAGCAUCAAGUCCCGAAAGAAGGAGAUCAGUCGUGUGUUGUCGAAAAAAGAGCAGGCCAAACUCAGAAAGGCGCUUGGAACCUCAGCCAGCAGCUCAUAA